GAAGACUGACAACGUGGUGGGCAGACAUUUUCCCGUGGUGGUUAUAUAUAUGAAGAUGAAACGUGCUCAGCUAGAGGACAUGACUCUUGCACAACUCGAACAAGAAGCAAGAAAAUUUCAGUUACAAGUUUCAAACAAUAAAAACGAGAUAAUUGACGCAAUCAUGUCUUACCUGGAGCAGAACAGCUUGCCGAUACUGGAUUCAGAAAGUGGCGAGCAAGCUGAUAUAGAACAAAGCGUAGAACAAGAAAACACACCUAAAGCAACAUCGGUGGAUUCAAAUAAUGAUAGUAAUAAUUCUCUAACGGCGUUCCUAGCUACACUUACCUCCCAGAUGCAGAAUCAUAAUCAACAAAUAUUAGAGCUGUUCCGGCAAAUUCACCAACAGAUGAUGCAGCAUGAACAAUCAGUAGUUCAGCAGGUGUUUACGUUUUGUAAUACGAGAGGCACGCAAGUUCCUGUUAAGUCGGUAGAAUGUGACACGGUAUCAGCAAGUUCUAAAGACUUGCUACUCGCCUCGCUUGGAUUCGCAACUACAAGUCAAACUAUCGUUGAAUCAUCACCGUCAGCAAAUCAAGUAUCUCUAUUGGCGCAGCACAUUCCAGAGUUUGGUGGUGGUGAAGAAGAAAAUGUGGUUGUGUGGAUACAGCGCGUCAAUGAGGUAGCCCAAUUUCAUAGAAUGACCGACGACAUUACGUUAUUAGCAGCUUGCAGUAAGCUGGUAAAAGCGGCUGAAAAUUGGUACAAGACUCAAUCAGGUUCAAUGCUAAAAUCGUGGGUUGAAUUGCAAGCGGUGUUACAAAGAAAUUUUGGACAAAAGGUAUCUUUUGGCAUCCAAAUGCAAAAGGUCAAAGCCAGACAAUGGAUCCAUUUCAAAGAAUCGUUCCAGCAAUAUGCGACUGAGAAACUUGCUCUAAUGCAUAGUCUCAACUUGUCGUUACAAGAUUCUAUUGAUUUGUUAACAGAUGGAAUUACAAAAGCUUCGUUCAAAGCCACAGCAUCGAUGAUGACAGAUAUUUCAAUAGAACAGUUUGUAGAGAAAAUGCAGCGAUUUACGGAAGCUUCUAAUGAGAUAAAAAGAUCAGUAAAUGAUUUCAAAAUCAAAUCAAAGAAUCUUCCCUGUACAAAUUGUGGAAAAACAGGACAUUUCGAGAAGACUUGCUGGGUUCCAAAAGUCACUUGUUUUUUCUGCAAGGCGAAGGGACACCGAAAACAGGAUUGUCCAAAAUUGAAAAAGCAUAAACCAGUAGUAAUGAUGCAACCAACUGCAACCAACUACAAUUUUGUGACGCGGGGUCUGGAGAUAUCAUCCGUUAUGGAAAAUAGGAGUAUUACAAUAAGGUGCAAUCAUAUGGAAUCAGAAAUAGCGGAAUCGAAUAAAAAUGGAAGAAGCAAAUGGUAUACAUUAAUCAAUAAAAAAAAAUACAGAAUCUAG